GAAAAAAAUAUGCUCACAAAAUGACAUUUGCAACUAAUCGAGCAGAUUUAUACAAUAGUCUGAAAUAGUCUUUCUUUUAACGCAAUCAUUAAACUAUAAAAUUAACAUGACAGAAUUAUGAGAAAAAGUAGAUUGCACGUUAUUAAUGUGAUAGUGAUUUAUUGAUUAUUAAAAUAAAAGGAAAAUGUUUAAACUAUUUAACGAAUUUUCUCAGUUGAUUACAAAUGUCAUUUUGUAGAUAUAUAUUUUCACUUCAACAUAUUUUGCAAGAAAUUUUAGUAUAUACUUUCUUGUUUCUGACGAUACUAAUCAGAAAUUGCACAGCAAGGAAUGAGGAGCUCAAUUUGUUAAAUUGCUGAAUAUGUUAUUCGCAAAAUGAUAGAGUAAUUUUUUUGUUCAAUUUGAAUCUAACUUUCAAACAGAGGAUAUCGUCUUACUUACGUCAGACACAUUGUAUAUGUGCAUAGAUUAAAUUACAACUUGUAAGAAUAGGAGAGCAACAUACCAGAACCUUCAGCUUGCCGGGAGACUGUUCUAUCAACCAAGUUACCCAGGCUCCGCCUCCGAUACUCUUCCUCUCCUUCUUCCAAGGGUCUUAAUUGUUAAGAUGGUCUUUUAACCUCAUUUUUUACAAAUGGUCCUUUUUAACCUGAUUCUUUAGAAAUCUUAUUAACCCUUUGCGGUCAAUAUGUCGGGUCUUGCCCCACAAAAUAUCUUGUUUAGCUACAUAUGCUAGACAUGAGAUAUCUGAAAAACGGUAUGCAACGUAAAAUACGCGAUUUAAAAUAAGCGUUUGCGUCGAUUAAUCGGUAAUCAAAUUUGAGUAUCAGAAAAAUAAAAUCCUAGAUUCUCGUAGAUACAAUACUUAAGCAUAAAUCUGUGCUUCUUUUCUAUUUAUUUUGUAAAUUGUAUGUGUGAAUUUUGUAAAUUGUAAUUGUACAUGUAAAUUGUAAUUGUAUCGCAAAUACGUUAUUACAUCAGUCUGGUUUAUGUCUAAAUUCUUCAUUGCAGGAUAAUAUUAGACAUCUCAAAAUAAGAUGUCAACGUUCCUUGGAUUUGUCGAGGAGAUACCAGGCAUCUCGGUGGAUCGUUUUGAUGGAGAAAAUUUAAGCUCCUCUGCAUAUUUCCUUAGCCAUUGUCACACAGAUCAUAUGAUUGGCUUGAACCAUGAGUUUUUUGCGCAUUUGCAACAGUUUGACAAGUACCUUUAUUGUAGUAGUAUCAGUAAACAAAUUUUAAACGCUAACUGUCCAAAUAUGUAUGUCAAAGAUAUCGAAGUUGACAAAAGAGUCGCUGUGGAAUAUAAAAAUGGAAGCGGAGAGACCGAUAUUCUUUUCGUAACAUGCAUUUCUGCCGGACAUUGCCCUGGCUCCGUGAUGUUUCUCUUUGAGAGGGAUGAUAAAUUAAUAUUGUAUACCGGAGACUUUAGGAUCAAUUCAUUAGACCUCCCGAAAUUAAGAUCAUUGCAUUUUCGCAGUGGUUCUAAGGUAUUGCCAAAGAAGCUAACGAAAGUAUACUUGGAUACGACAUUUUUUAAUCCUAAUUUCGCCACUUUUCCGACGAGAAAGGAAAGUGUGAGCAUGAUAUGUAACAUUAUUAAGAACUGGCUUACGAAAAGCCCGAGACAUGCUGUUAUUCUAGAGUGUUCCGCUUUAUAUGGUUCCGAGUUUCUUUUUAUGGAAUUGUCUAAAUUUCUUAACAUACCUGUUCAUGUAAGGAACAUAGUAUUCCCCAAUCUCUGUCGCAUCUCAGAUUUAAGGCCUCACGUUACAACUGAUCCAUACGCUACACCUAUACACGCUUGUAUGGGAAAAAUGGAAUGCGGUCUCGGCUUGAUGAAAUGUCGUUCUGACAUUCCUCAAGAAAACGUAUUAACUAUUGUAGCAUCUGCAUACAAAUGGGAGGGAAAAGAUACUAGCGUAAUAGGCGCGUGGGAUAGUGCUAAGGAAAGGACAUUUAAUAUAUGUUACUCUACGCACUCUUCCUUCGAGGAACUUCAGGCAUUCAUACAAUAUUUUAAGCCGGAAGAUAUAUUCCCUUGCGUUUGUCCGAAAAAUUUGGAACAAAUCAUAUUUAUGCGGCUAAAGGAAAUCAAGAGGAAAUUAAAGGAAGAGAAGAAAGUUGUUGAGGAAAAUGAGAAAUAUCUGUCGCAAGUUUUAAAACACAAAGAUAUGGAUAAAUCUUGGACCAAAAACUAUUAGUACAAUCUGAUUAUUAUGAUUAUAUGAUAAUCUGAUGAUUAUGUGUACGAUAAAAUAAUGAUAAA